GCGAUGGGCGUGCGAUUGACGACGGCAACACACCAAGCGGGCGACAGACGCAUGGGACCAUUUCACGUUUAGCGAUGAAAGUGCUGUCGGCCGUCAUUGUCGUAGGUGCUGCUGCGUCCGUGGGUGCAUUGAGCCCUUCGAAAGGCAGCUGCAUCACCCGUGAAGUCGGAAUCAUCAAGGCCGGGACGUACAUACCCAACAACCACGUCCUCACAGCGUGGGGUAUGGUCGGAGUGCACGGCCACAUCUACGUUCGGUGCGACAACGGUGUAUUGACAUGUCGCCAAGACAACGGCAUCGCCGACGCGAUGGAGAUGCCCAAGGUGAACUGUGAAAAGGCGAAUGCGAACCGCAAGUUGGGUGUGAUGAUCGACCCUGAGAAGAUCCUGCUGUGGCCCAAUCAAACGAUGUGCUACUCGUACGACUCCAAGUUCUCCAAGGACAAGAUGAAGCUUAUGAAGGAAGGCUGGGAGCACUUGAAGCUCACGGGGCUCACGUUCAUGACAGUAAAAGCGUGCAAGAAACACCCGAACAAGAAGGCCUUGUGCGGCGGGUGCAAGAACUUCGUCUCGAUCAGGAACGAUAAGCCUGGCUGCUUUGCCGCGGUGGGGUAUCAGGCCAAGGGCGGCCAGAACUUUAACAUCCACGACGACUGCUUCGCGCCAGGCUACGGCCGGUUCGUCCACGAAGUGUUUCACAGCCUUGGCAUAUACCACGAGCAUGUCCACGCGAAGCGAAACAUCAUUAUCAUCCCGUCCGAGCUCAAGGUCGCGCGCAACAAUUACAUGAUGAAGAUCGACUCGGUGCACACCAAGUACGACGAGAAGUCGAUCAUGCACUACUCGCAGGCGGCGGGCGUGUGCAUCCCGCAGCAGAAGUACAAAGACGUCAAGUUCUGCGACAUCGUCGAGAGCGAGGCCCAGGGGUGUGUGGAGCCACUGCUGAAACACUGCGACAAGGACGCGUCCAGCGUGUUGGGCCAGCGCAAAGGCAUGAGCGACGAGGACAUUGCGACGGUGAAAGCCAUGUACGGAUGCACCCAAACGGGCAAGGAAGCCACGAUCUGGGAACUUCAAAACGAACAGAAGGCUGCUGCCAAGAAGGGCAAGAAAGAGGACGAUGACGAUGACGAUGAUGAUGAAAUCUAAGCUAGUUAACGUUAAUGAAAAGUUUAUGUUUAUUGCUUGA